AAGGACCCUUUCCUCUCCACAAUUUUUGCUUCUCUAGUCAAAGAAGAAGAGUGAGAAAAUAGAAAUGGAGGGUGGUAAAGGAGGAGUGGUGAAGCACAUUCUUCUAGCAAAGUUCAAAGAUGGGAUCCCACCUGAACAAAUUGAUCAACUCAUUAAGCAGUAUGCUAAUCUUGUCAAUCUUGUUGAACCCAUGAAGGCUUUUCAAUGGGGUAAGGAUGUGAGCAUAGAAAAUCUUCAUCAAGGUUUCACUCAUGUUUUUGAGUCUACGUUUGACAGUUUAGAAGGUGUUGCAGAGUAUAUAGCUCAUCCUGUUCAUGUUGAAUAUGCAAAUACAUUGCUUCCUCAGCUGGAGAAAUUCCUUAUCAUCGACUACAAACCACAGUAACUCAGUCCCUAAACUGAAUUCACAAAUUGAUGCACUUACAGUAAUCGAUAUAUCUGUUUUACUUUACUGUACUGAAAUCCAAUAAGAACACAAACUUUUCUAAAGUGUGUGUUUUGCUUGUUUGCUAUUACUGUAUUCAUUUCAUAGACGCUAACGCGAGUUAGUUUUGGUCAGCUUGUGCUGUUUUUAAACUCGAGGGAGAAUGUUUUUCGUUCAUCUCUUCCCAGGGUGAAUGAAUGAUGAACAACGUGUUAUAAGUGUAUCAAUAAACUCAAAUUUGUGUUUCCAUUA